UUUCCAGAAUGAAAUUCUCUUUUUCUUGAAUUAUUGUAUUCUUUCUUUUAAUAAUAUUUUUAUUUUUUUUGGCUUUUUUUGAAAUAGACUGGCUGUAAAUUAUCUAACUUCAGUGAAUGGUAGUUAAACCUAACAGUUUCAAGUAUAUUUAUUCACUUUGUUUGGUCAGCCAUCAUAGUACAAAUAUGUCCGCCCUAGCCUCUUCCGAGUGACACACACUUUUGAAAUCCUCAAGUAGUGGUGGCACGGAAAACCAACCAUGGAGGAGAAUCAGCAGCCGCUGUUAGUUGGACUUGACACGCAUUCUAGGCUUACUGACUCGUCAUCCCGCGCAAUUGAAGAGUUUCUAGAGCACCCGCCAGUGGCACUCCGAUGGUGGCCUAGGCUGGUUGCUUGGGAGUCAAGACUCCUAUGGAUUUUAUCUGGUUCAUCCAUCAUUGUUUCCGUAUUCAACUACAUGCUCAGCUUUGUCACCCUUAUGUUUUGUGGGCAUUUGAGUGCGUUGGAGCUUGCCGGAGCCUCUAUCGCUAGUGUUGGAAUUCAGGGUCUUGCUUAUGGGAUUAUGUUGGGAAUGGCAAGUGCUGUGCAAACUGUGUGUGGGCAAGCUUAUGGAGCCAAACAAUUGCCAGCAAUGGGAAUCAUAUGCCAAAGAGCAAUCAUCUUGCACUUGGGAGCAGCAAUCCUCCUCUCAUUUGUGUAUUGGUGGUCAGGUCCUAUCCUCGUAGCGAUCGGCCAAUCAGAAGAAAUAGCCGAGCAAGGCCAAAUCUUUGCAAGAGGAAUUAUUCCUCAGCUUUUUGCAUUUGCCAUAAACUGCCCCCAGCAGAGGUUCCUUCAAGCUCAAAACAUAGUCAACCCCUUGGCUUACAUGUCUGUUGGAGUUUUCAUCCUUCACAUUCUUCUCAAUUGGGUGGUGGUUUUUGUUGUGGAUUAUGGCCUAAUUGGGGCUGCUCUUACACUGAGCUUCUCUUGGUGGCUUCUUGUCAUUAUAUACGGGCUUUACAUUCUUCUGAGUCCCAAGUGCAAAGAGACUUGGACUGGCUUUUCUUGGAAAGCCUUCAAAGGAAUGUGGCCUUAUUUUAAGUUGACUGUUGCCUCUGCUACCAUGCUCUGUUUGGAGAUAUGGUACAACCAAGGGCUAACACUAAUAUCAGGGCUCCUCCCCAAUCCUACAAUCUCCCUAGACUCCAUUUCUAUUUGCAUGAACUACUGGAACUUCAGUCUGCAAUUUAUGUUAGGCCUAAGCGCAGCGGCCAGUGUCCGAGUCAGUAAUGAAUUAGGGGCUGGUAAUCCAAGGGUGGCAAAAUUUUCAGUGUUUGUAGUGAACGGAACGAGCAUCCUGAUUAGUAUAAUCUUCAGUGCGAUAAUAUUAAUAUUCCGAGUUGGACUUAGCAAGCUAUUUACAAGUGAUGCUGAUGUUGUUGAGGCGGUGUUGGAUUUAACUCCAUUGCUAGUUGUUUCCGUUUUCUUGAAUGGGAUUCAACCCAUACUUUCAGGGGUGGCAAUUGGUAGUGGAUGGCAAGAUGUCGUGGCUUACGUCAAUCUCGUUUGUUACUAUAUAAUUGGUUUUCCAGUUGGAUGUCUUCUUGGCUUCAAAGCAAGUAUGGGAGUCGCGGGGAUUUGGUGGGGGAUGCUUAUCGGGGUUUUUUUACAAACAGUAGUUCUAAUUGUUCUCACCGCUAGAACAAAUUGGGAUGCCGAGGUUCUAAAGGCUGCUGAUCGCUUGGACAAGUCUGCAAAUGAAGGAAACUCAGACUUGGUCUCCGCAUAAGCCCAAGGCCAUGAAAGUGUUCAAACUUCAUUUAAGCAGGUUUUCGUUUAGUGAAUCGGAAUGCAAUUCUAAAGGGAAAACGUUGUAGUGAAACAGUAACCAUGUCAAUUACUGUCUAGCCUUUCGACACUGUGAUUUGUGAAGGCAACAGCUAGAGAUGGGAAGUGGGAUGUUGCUUGUGCAUCAACAGGAUUUUGUAUGCAAUGGUGUACCGGUCUUCAUUUGAUGUCCAACCACAAUUUUUCUACUUCAAAUACUUUGUUGUAUAUGUUCUUACAGUUGUAAUUUGUUACCUCAUCUGUAAUGUUUUUUAGCUUUUCUUGGUUAUAUACAUAAAAAUAAAUCCUUAAUUUUGAA